CAGGCUCCCACAUUGACUCGGAUCUCCCCAAACUCUGUGGUCUCACCUGGAGAAGUCCUUCAGUUCAGAUGUACCACACCCAGCCCAAUGCGCAUCUCUGUAGACUUCAGUUUAUAUAAAACUGGGACAUUAAUAAAGAAGCAAACUGCAGAGUCCACAGCAACAUUUAGACUGACUGUAGAUGCCUCACAUCAGGGUCAGUACACCUGUGACUACUCAUACAGGGAAAGUAACUCCACAUCAUCCAGGAGCAGCUCCAUUCCCAUCACUGUGGGACAUAAUCCAAUCAGGCUGGCGAAUGGACCGAGUAACUGUUGUGGUCGAGUGGAGAUCCAGAACGAUAGGCGUUGGGGAACAGUGUGUGAUGAUGACUGGGACUUAAAGGAUGCAGAGGUGGUGUGUAGACAGCUUGGAUGUGGUAAAGCCAUCAGCGCUCCUCAUGGUGCACGCUUUGGUCAGGGGAGUGAACCGACCUGGCUGGAUGAUGUUCAGUGUACUGGAACUGAGAGCUACAUAGAUCGCUGCUCACACCGUGGAUUUGGAAACGAAAACUGUGGACAUGGGGAAGAUGCUGGAGUCGUAUGCUCAAACUUGCAGGCUCCCACAUUGACUCGGAUCUCCCCAAACUCUGUGGUCUCACCUGGAGAAGUCCUUCAGUUCAGAUGUACCACACCCAGCCCAACGUGCACCUCUGUAGACUUCAGUUUAUAUAAAAAUGGGACAUUAAUAACGAACCAAACUGCAGAGUCCACAGCAACAUUUUCGCUGACUGUAGAUGCCUCACAUCAGGGUCAGUACACCUGUGACUACUCAUACAGGGAAAGUAACUCCAUAUCAUCCAGGAGCAGCUCCAUUCCCAUCACUGUGGACUUGCAGGCUCCCACAUUGACUCGGAUCUCCCCAAACUCUGUGGUCUCACCUGGAGAAGUCCUUCAGUUCAGAUGUACCACACCCAGCCCAAUGCGCAUCUCUGUAGACUUCAGUUUAUAUAAAACCGGGACAUUAAUAAAGAACCAAACUGCAGAGUCCACAGCAACAUUUAGACUGACUGUAGAUGCCUCACAUCAGGGUCAGUACACCUGUGACUACUCAUACAGGGAAAGUAACUCCACAUCAUCCAGGAGCAGCUCCAUUCCCAUCACUGUGGGAGGUAAUCCAAUCAGGCUGGCGAAUGGACCGAGUAACUGUUGUGGUCGAGUGGAGAUCCAGCACAGUAGGCUUUGGGGAACAGUGUGUGAUGAUUACUGGGACUUAAAGGAUGCAGAGGUGGUGUGUAGACAGCUUGGAUGUGGUAAAGCCAUCAGCGCUCCUCAUGGUGCACGCUUUGGUCAGGGAAGUGAACCGACCUGGCUGGAUGAUGUUCAGUGUACUGGAACUGAGAGCUACAUAGAUCGCUGCUCACACAGUGGAUUUGGAAAGGAGAACUGUGGACAUGGGGAAGAUGCUGGAGUCGUAUGCUCAAACUUGCAGGCUCCCACAUUGACUCGGAUCUCCCCAAACUCUGUGGUCUCACCUGGAGAAGUCCUUCAGUUCAGAUGUACCACACCCAGCCCAACGUGCACCUCUGUAGACUUCAGUUUAUAUAAAAAUGGGACAUUAAUAAAGAAGCAAACUGCAGAGUCCACAGCAACAUUUUCGCUGACUGUAGAUGCCUCACAUCAGGGUCAGUACACCUGUGACUACUCAUACAGGGAAAGUAACUCCAUAUCAUCCAGGAGCAGCUCCAUUCCCAUCACUGUGGAGAUGUGGAUGAUGACUGUGACUCAGUUGACAAUUCCCUGUUGA